AUGGCUCACUUGCUUAUGGACCCUGGAGGAGGCGCUUCUAUCACAAAGACUGCUCUUUGUCGGACAUAUAUCGUUCCUUUUGCCGAGGCGGAGCUCUCUAUCCUUUGCUUUGGCGAUGCUUCGCUUUUGGACCAGGACAGACCCAUCCAAAAGUUCGAAAUACCAUCCUGGACGGGUGUCAAUGGAAAACAUUAUCUAGAGCAUGUCGUUGAUGGACACCUUUAUCCAAGCACCACUUUUCAGAAUUACAAGAUAAUGGGACGGUUAUUGCAAGUUACCUGUGCUUGCAUCUCCACCGAUCCAUCAAUCCUGAUUAUGGCCAGCCAGCGGCAACAACAACAGCAGGCGAGAACAACGGUGACGACACUAACUCCCAGGGACCUUCCACCCACAUCUAAUAAGAAGAAGCCUACUUGUCACAGUACUACCGAGGAUAGUGUAGAUGAAAUGGACCGUUGGAUACUCUCGACCUCGGUUCGGCUACCUGGACAUAAGAGUAGCAAAACAGCGAUACUGGACGAGAUAUACGGCGACGAUCCGUAUGAGGAUUUUGAACUUACUAAGCAGGCUGAGACAUUAUUGCAGUUUAUCCCGGUAGAAAAAAAGGAAUCCCUGUUUUGGAAUGACGAUGCUUCCUCCCAGUGCACUCGUUUUGAGUUUGAUCUCACUGAAGACAUUGAUGUCUCGAAGCAGUACGUGAUACUUUCUGGGAUAGCGUUUGACCAUGGAAGUCCAGGUUGGAAUUUAUCUCCCGUGAUUAAAAAGGAACAAGAUUAUUACAAGGCUAUCGCUGUGUGCCACAUCGAGAAUCCUGAUUAUUUUUUCUCUGAUUAUAGCGUACCUGAAGUGACAUUCAUGAUUUGA